AUGUCAAAUAAUUCUUCUACAAAUGCAGUCCACAACAAUAGUAGUUUAUCGGAUUUAAUUGAGUUGAUUAAAACUACAAGACAAGGGUUUAUUAUUCAGGAAGAUUUGGAUGCUAUAACAUCAAUUAAUAACAACAUCAAACAAAUUAAACAACUUACUGUUACCUUUUUGCAAUCUAAAACAAAAGAAAUAAAUGUAUUGCGUGGAAAAGUUGAUAAGAAUAACGAGAGGAAUAACUCUAUAUCUGCGGAUUUAGAUUUGUCCAGGAAUGAAGCAAAGAAAUAUGCUAAUGAAAAUGAAAUAUUAAGAGAGUAUACUCAUAAACUAAAUGAUACUAAAAAUAAACAAGAAGAACUAAAGAAAAAAAUUGAUAUGGUAACUGAUGAAUUGGCAACUUUACAGACAAAUCGAACAAUUGAUCAAAAUAUGUCCAAUAGUCAACUUAAUAAGGGUAAUGAAAGCAUCUAUGACUAUGAAUAUUUGAAGAAAGGUAAAGAAAUUACAUCAUUUGAUGAUAUAACGGUUGACGAAGAGGAUGAUUUAGAAUCGGAUUAUUCUGAUGAUGAAAAGGAUCCUGAUUAUUAUAAAUUGGAAAUUUUCAAAUCAAUGGACAUUGUAGUAGAUCCUGAAACAAGUGAAGUCUUUAUAUCUCGACAAGAUGGUAAGGUUGAUGUACUAUCUUUAGAAGAAAGUAGAAAUGAUUUUUUCAAUAACAAAUUCGUGUGGGAAAGAUUAAGCAAAGAAUGA